AUGACAGACACUACAUUACCAAGAAGAAACAGAAGUUUUCAAAAUUGUAAAGAAACAGAUAUACCUGGAUAUAAUGACUGUCCUAGUUUUUUGUUUAAUAUAUCAAAAAAGAGUGGCAGAAGAAACCAAUUGCAUUAUGUUGUAAAGGAUACAUAUGGUAGUACUAAAUUACCUGUGACUCCACCACCACUGUCUACUAAAAAAAGAUUGGCAAUGACUGACAACAAUAAUCCGAGUAAUUCUGAAAUUAAUGGUAAAAACAAUUCCUCAGAUAAUUCAAAUGAAAUAUUAAAUGAUGAUGAGAUUUUGAAGAAAAUUAGUGAACUGAUGAAUAAAUGUUCUAAAUUAUCAGAUAAAGAAUACCAUUUUUACAAAAGAAAGGUUGACCUCAAUCUUCCUAAAAGUAUUAAUAAUGCUUCUACUAAAACAUCCCUCUUGCACUUCUUAGAAAUAGGGGAUGAUAGAAUUAAGCAGGCUGACUAUCUUAGAAAAUGGAUGGCAAUGGAUAUUACAAUAAGUAGCUGGUGUCCAUCUUUCCUCAAAUUAAUUGAAAAUAUAGACAAUUAA